ACAGCAUAGUAAUCUUUGAGUCUUCAACGAUCAACAACGUCUUCAAAAUGAAAUUCGCCAUCGUCCUGUUCGCCCUCUUCGCUGUGGCCCUGGCUGCUCCAUCUGAUGUCACCGUCCUGCGAUCUGAUUCCGAGGUUGGACCCCUCAGCUACAAAUUUGGUUCGGAGCUCAGCGACGGUACCAAGAAGGACGAGGAGGGUCAGCUGAAGAACGUGGGCUCCGAGCAGGAGGCCAUCGUUGUGCACGGCUCCUACUCCUAUGUGGCCGAUGACGGUCAGACCUACACCGUCACCUACGUCGCCGAUGAGAACGGAUUCCAGCCCCAGGGUGCCCAUCUGCCCGUUGCCCCGGUCGCUUAAGCCAUCCAAAGAGUUGAAAUAAAUUGUUUAGAAAAGAA